AUGGAUAAUAAGGUAUUUUUCUUUCAAAACACAACAAUUUGUAAAAGCCAAAAAAAGCUAAAAAAAGUAAACAAGUCUCGAAAAAUAUCGAAAAAACGAAAAAGUUAUAAUCGUCAUGGGUGUUAUUGGCAAAGAAGAAAAGUUCGUUGGAGCUAUCAUCAUCAUAACGAAUAUGAGCCAGGUCUUUAUGAGAAAACUAUGAAUGAUAUUGAUAAAAUGAGAGAAAAAAACAGAUUUCUAGCUAAAAUCAUAGAAGAAAAGCACUAUAUUAAUAAAAACCACGAAAUUCCUAAUAAAACGUUUGAUUUUAAAAAAUACGCACACACAAAUUUUGAUCCUAUGAUUAUGGAGAGUUUACAAUAUAGUCUCUAUUUCUGUGAAACUUUAGACUUUUAA